CGCAAGUUCAAACUCCGAAACUCUCUGCUUUACCCUCCUAGACCUCAAUAAUGGAAGACCAUGAUAUUUCUUCUCCUCUCCUGCAAUCUCCACGCGCAGAUCAUUCCCAAGUUAUCAUCGCCGUCGAUGAUGACUCCGUUGCCGAACCGUUGGAUCAACUUCAACCCUCCACAAUCGAGCACGACCACAACCACCUUUUUCCUAAUUAUCAAUCCGAUAACUCCGGAAACCCUUAUGAGUUUAUCGGCUCUGAAGGGUUCUCGGUAUCUGGUUCGUCCACUUUGAAUCCGUUUCUAAACGACACGCCGGAGAUUUGUGGUUUUUAUGAGGUUUUAAAGAUUGUCUUGUGUUUCCCAAUUUCAUUGAUUAGGCUUGUGCUUUUUGUGCUGUUUUUGUCGGUGGGUUACCUAGCUACGAAGUUAGCGUUGGAGGGUUGGAGAGACAAGCAAAAUCCUAUGCCCUUGUGGAGGUCUCGUCUCAUGUGGGUCACUAGGUUUUGUGCCCGCUUUAUUCUCUUCUCAUUUGGCUAUCAAUGGAUAAGACGGAAAGGGAAGCCUGCUUCAAGGGAGAUUGCCCCUAUUGUUGUAUCUAAUCAUGUGUCAUAUAUUGAACCAAUCUUCUAUUUUUAUGAAUUAUUCCCUACAAUUGUCGCGUCAGAGUCACAUGAUUCUAUACCCUUUGUUGGAACUAUUAUCAGAGCAAUGCAGGUUAUAUAUGUAAAUAGGUUCUCACAAUCGUCAAGGAAGAAUGCUGUUAAUGAAAUAAAGAGAAAGGCUUCCUGCAAUAGAUUUCCUCGUGUGCUAUUAUUUCCUGAGGGAACCACAACAAAUGGGAAGGCUCUUAUUUCGUUCCAACUUGGUGCAUUCAUCCACGGUUUCCCUAUUCAACCAGUUAUUGUCCGCUAUCCCCAUGUGCACUUUGACCAGUCUUGGGGCAAUAUAUCCUUGGCAAAGCUCAUGUUUAGAAUGUUCACACAGUUUCACAAUUUCAUGGAGGUAGAAUACCUUCCUGUUAUUUAUCCAAAUGAAAAUAAUAAAGAGAAUGCCAUCCAUUUUGCUGAGAGGACCAGCCAUGCUAUUGCUUCUGCUCUCAAUGUAGUACAAACGUCUCAUUCGUAUGGAGAUCUAAUGCUACUCAACAAAGCAUCUAACUCGGAACAGAGGAAUUCGUCAAGUUAUAUGGUUGAAAUGGCAAGGGUUGAAUCUUUAUUUCAUAUAAGCAGCUUGGAAGCUGUAGACCUUCUGGAUAAGUUUCUGUCUAUGAAUCCAGACAGCAGUGGUCAUGUUAAACUUCUGGACUUCUUGAGAGUUCUACGACUCAAGUCUUGUAACCUUUCUCAGGAGAUAUUUGGAUUUGUUGAUGUAGAUAAGAAUGGAUCGAUCACAUUCAAGCAGUUCUUAUAUGCGUCAGCCCAUGUCAUGAAACUACCAUUAUUCAGUCAUGCCUGUGAACUAGCCUUUGCUGAAUCUGACACUAAAGGAAAUGGCUACAUUUCAGAGCAUGAAUUGGAAUUAACCAUAAGAGCUGCUAUCCCAGAUGUGAACAAGCACGAGAGCCAUGGUCUUUUCAAUUUAUUUGACAGCAACGGCAAUGGGAAGGUGAGCAAGGAAGAAUUCGUGUCCUGCCUCAGAAGGAAUCCUCUUUUAAUAGCCAUUUUUUCACCUAGUUUGUUGCGGAAAGACUUGUCAGAAGCUGACAAUAGUAUGGGGGAGAUUGUUUGAUUUAUAAGUUUUUAUUGCUCCUACUGGUUGGGUGUUGUUGUGUACCAUUUGUAUCCAUAUUGGUUGCUGGGUUUGUAGCUGGGGAAGUAAGAGGGAAAGUAUUUUUAGUAGCAAAUGUAGCGGCCCUUUUAUAUAUUAACAUUUCCCCAUAAAUUUUGAUAAUCUAUUCAAGUAUAUAACUAUUUCCCACCUAAA